AUGGCUAUUCCAGAUUAUAUGACAGAUAAAAAUGCCGUCCUCAAGGACAAAGUGGACUGGCUUCAUGGUAAGGCUCCGGAUUAUACAAGAGCAAAUACACUCUACGAGAAGGAACGCUCUAAGAUUCAUGAAGCGGGUUCAUUAGAAGACCUUGUAACAAAUCUAGUAAAAAAUUGGGAAAAAGAAGCUUCUCAUAAAAUCAAGGCCGAACAAUGGCGCACAAUUGACCAUAAAGUUUACAAAUUCUCUACAAAUGGCGGCCCUUGGUCAACUGCAGAAGAUAUGUUAAGAAUCGGAACUUACAAUGCACUUAUUGGAGAGUCGGAAUUCUAUUCAGCUAGCCGUUUAAAUUUUGAGGAGUCACACAAUGUAUUCCGAAAUUCUUUGACUUCUGGUUUUGCUUGGGAGGUUAUCGAAGUCUUCUCUGGCCCUCCCAGAUGGGGCACGAUGUCCGGUGCUCUUAGAUGCCCCAUUCGCAACGGGGAAACACUAGUGGCAGAGCCGACAAACCAAGCGGUGGAAAUAUAUGGUAUCACAGUCGCUGCGCUUAGUGACAAAUAUCAAAUAACCUCUCUUGAAACCUUUUAUGAUCCUGCUGACCUCAUUAAUCAAAUG